AUCAUGACGCGCCGGCUUAUCUGGUAAACAAUUCACUGUCAUUCAGAAUUGAAAAAUGACAGACCAAAGCGUGAGGCUGCGAAUUACGAGGCUCUUGAAAGUUGUUUUCUUGAGUUUAUUGUUCGUUUUCACAGUCAUAAUUCUCGUGGCUACGGUGAGGACAAUUUCGUUAGAUGUGAAUACUGGGUUGAAGCUGGCACGGUGGGAGAAAACGGAACAUAUCUCCCCUAAUAUAACCAGUGAAUACAGGCAGCGGCUCAUUUCCAAUUUCAAAGAGGCGAUUCGGAUCCCCACCGUAUCAUAUUCGGAAACUAACCUCAACACCACUGCACUUGAAGAGUUCUAUCGGCUGAUGAGAAAAGCGUUCCCUACAUUGUUUUCCUCACAUCUGGUUUUGCAUGAAGUCGUGGGAGACUACAGCCACCUUUUCUGGGUGCCCGGGACCGACCUCUCUCUGGUGCCUUACAUGCUGCUUGCCCACAUUGACGUAGUGCCAGCCAAUGAGAGCGAGGGCUGGGAUGCCCCUCCCUUCUCUGCCAAAGAGAUUGAUGGGUUCAUCUAUGGCCGAGGGACCAUUGAUAAUAAGCAAUCUGUCAUGGGGAUUCUUGAGGCCCUGGAAUUCCUUCUAGCGAGGGGUUAUAUGCCGCGACGGGGAUUCUACGUUGGUCUCGGACAUGACGAAGAGGUGAACGGCCUGCAGGGUGCGGUGAACAUCGUGAACGCGCUGAAGGAGCGCGGCGUCCAGCUGGAGUUCGUGCUGGACGAGGGCCUCGCCGUGCUGGACGGCAUCAUCAGCGGCCUGUACGGACCUGCCGCCCUGAUUGGGAUCAGUGAGAAGGGCCAAGCCACAGUGAAGCUGAGCGUCACCACCGCUCCUGGACACUCCUCCAUGCCUCCAGCAGAGGGCAGUAUUGGCAUACUUGCUGCUGCCGUCAAACGGCUAGAAGAUAACCCAAUGCCCAGACUGUUUGGCUUAGGUCCUGAACGAGGAACAUUUGAGCACCUGGCUCACAGUUUUGGCCUUCCCCUCAGGUUUAUCAUGUCCAAUCUCUGGCUGUUCACACCUCUGCUCAGCAGAGUAAUGGAGAGAAGCCUGGUUAAUUUAAUGCGCCUUCAGACGACGACAAAAGCCACCAUGUUCAAUUCUGGCGUGAAGGUCAAUGUUCUUCCUUCCUACGCUGAGGCCAUCGUCAACUUCCGCAUUCACUCGGCGCAGACUUUGAAAGAGGUGCUGGACAUUAUAGAGUCCACGGUGGCGGAUGAGCGAGUGAAGAUUUCCCUCCUGACUGGGUUCGACCCCCUGCCCAUGAGCUCCUACAGUGCCAAGGCGUUUGGGUACCAGAUCAUCAAGAAGACCGUGCUGGAGCUGUUUCCACAGGUCACCAUCGCUCCAGGAAUUUGUGUGGGAAACACGGAUAGCAGACAUUACACAGAGCUGACCAACGAUAUCUAUCGCUUCGCUCCGACAUGGUUCAAGCCAGGUGACCCGAAGAGGUUCCACGGUGUGAAUGAGAGGAUAUCCACUAAGAACUAUGAGGAGCUUGUUGUGUUCUACAUCAAACUGUUCCAAAACUGUGACAUCAGAGAUCUCCCAUCUCCUCACAGCUCUGGACACGAGCUUUAAGGGUCCACUGUUAUCCGUCCUGACCUCAGCGUCCUGAUCCUGUCUCACAAGACACAGCGAGCUGUAGACUGGUGUUGUCCUCUCAGUUAUGGCCACAUCAUCACAACCAUAUCCCUGCAUGAUUAAUGUCUUUUUACUGUAUGACAGUAUUUGAUGAUCAGUUGGUAGUCUGUCUGUGGUUGGCUCUUCACUAGACAGAAACACAUGGUGGGUCCUCCUGUGGUCUGUACCUAGGAUUUCUUUUUCAAAUGAUUAUGCUGGAAUUGAACUUGACUAAUAUCUGAUGAGGUUCUUGCAAAGCAAUACUCAACAUGGUGGUGGAAUGGCACAGUGGAUAUAUCCAUUUACUUUAAAUGCCAAACCUGGCUAUCAUCUCUAAUGUGUUUUACGUCCAGUAAAUGCUGCCAAUUAUCAAAUCCAUUUUUGUAACUCCAGUUUUUCCAUUUGGAGAAUAAAUAAAAAUACAAUUGAAAAGAU